GAUUAAAGCGUACACGCGCCUUCGAUUCAUUCUCGGCGAUGGCAAAAUAGUUGAGCAUAUCAUAGUGUCCCAUAUAGCUGGCCAGUGAGUCGCGAUGUUGAUUUGUAAGCCACUCAAAUUUAGUGGUGUCCGCGUGUCCCGUUCCAAUAUAUUUGCUCUGCAGAUGCUCCAAUUGACUGUGAAUAUUAUAGCGUUCACCCAUUUUCUUUGAUAAAUAUUACACUUUCGCAGGGGAAAAACAACGCUUGUUUGUUGUGCUAUCUUUUUCAGCACUGAACUAGUUCAAUGGAACAAAACGCAAAAGUGAGACACGGCACUCUUUACAGUAGUUAACUACACUGUAAACAGGUAGAAUAGUAGUGCAAACUUGUUUGUAAAUAGUUUGGUAUUUAAUUUAAUAAUUUGGCGAAUAUAUUACGAUUAAUUGACAUAAAUGAGAGAAGUGCUUGCUACCGUUAAGUGCUUAUUCAACCAUUGAACUACAUCUUUUGAAUUGAGCGCAAAAGUGAUACGACCAGUGUGAACAGCGUCUUAGCUACUUACUGUUAACAGCAAAAUGUGCGGGCGAACUUGUCUAACACUUGACCCCGAUCAGGUCCUAUGCGCCUGCAAGUACCCCAAGAAGAUCAAGAAUAUCAAAAAGGAGAAGGAGGUGGAUGAGAAGGAGGAUAUCAAACAGGAAUAUGAGACGCCCGAAUGGCGGGCGGAGUUCAAUUUGGGACGACGCUAUCAAGCCUCCUACAAUAUAGCGCCCACGGAUAUAACACCCGUCAUUGUCUCGGCGGCGCACUUCUCAGAGGCUGAGGAUCACAGAACCGCACGCAUUGUUGUGCCGAUGAUGUGGGGCAUGAUUCCUGCUUGGCAUAAGGGCGACUAUCGCAGGCAUGGCCUCACCACGAACAACUGUCGGUUGGAGCGCUUGAUGGACUCCAAGCUGUACCGCGGACCCUUCAAGCGCGGCCAACGCUGUGUGGUCAUCUGCGAGGGCUUCUACGAAUGGCAGACGACAAAGCAGCAGGCCAAAGCGUCUGAGCGGGAUGCCUAUUUGAUCUAUGUGCCACAGGAGUCGGAUGUGAAGAUCUAUGACAAGAGCACCUGGUCUCCAUCAAAUGUCAAACUGCUGCGCAUGGCGGGCUUGUUCGAUGUGUGGCAGGACGAGGAAAGUGGCGAUAAAAUGUACAGCUACAGUAUCAUCACAUUCGAGUCCAGCAAGAUCAUGUCCUGGAUGCACUAUCGCAUGCCAGCGAUCCUUGAAACGGAACAGCAAAUGAAUGAUUGGCUGGAUUUUAAGCGCGUGAGCGACUCGCAGGCUUUGGCUGCACUGCGUCCGGCUACGGCUCUGGAGUGGCAUCGUGUCACCAAAUUGGUGAACAACUCGCGCAACAAGAGCGAGGCAUGCAACAAGCCACUUGAGUCAACAGCUGCCAAGCCGGAAAAGCCAAAGGGCAUGUUGGCUUGGCUAACGGGCCACAAGUCAAAUGUGCAGCAAAACGAAUCCAAGUGCAGCGUUCAAGAUCAGCACUCGCAAGUCGUCAAGCGCAGCUCCACCUCACCGAUAACUGAGAGCCAAGUUGCCAAGCGGCGCAAGAGCGACGAUAUCAAGAUCAAGUCGGAGUCGGAGAAUGGCUGAUUCUAUUAUUAAAGUUAACAAAACUAAACUAAAAUUGAAAAGUUUAUUUUUUUUAUAGUAUUUAAAAUUUAUUUGCAUUAAAAACCAAAAGAUUUUGUUCUCAUUACCCAAAUCUAUGAUAUAAGUUUGUAUAUAGCGUUGAAUAAGCUUAAUUACAAAGGCUUAGCAUAUAAAAAUUGAUUUAAAUUUG